AUGGUCCUACUCUCAUUAUUGACAGCGAUAAUCGCCAUCGCCCAGCCGGCCGUCGCCGAGAUGAUGUGCUGCGGCGAGCUGAGCAAGUGGGACGAGAAAAAGGCCUGGGCGCAGCGCGAGACCUUCUGCAGCAACCCGCGCGGCGCCUUCAACAACGGGGAAGCGCAGGAGAGCUACUGGUCCGGCAAGAACGAGUUCGGAAGGGAGAAGGAGUAUGACCGGCGCAAGUCGGGCCCGCUCAAGCCCGCCUUCUUCUACGGACGCAUCGACGAGAAGGGCAGGAACUUUGACAACUGCUGGCGCGCGACGCAGGAGCUGAUCGAGCAGUGUGCGCGCCAGGGCAAGGCAUUCGGGUCCUGGAAGGACGAAGGCGAGGCGUACGGCAUGACGCUUACUGGCGAACUCGACACCCGCCAGAAGGUGACCGUUGAGGACUUCGACGUGUCCCGUCGCAGUGCUGUGGCACCUCUUCGCCAGAGGUUGGCCAAGCGCAGUGUCGACGAGCUCAGCAGCAUCUCGUCCCACCACCAUCUGCGCCGCCUCGUCAAGGAUGGCCAGUAUUUCGACGUCGACGGUGAGGACAUCCACGUCUCCUUCCGCGACACGGUUGCCGACUUGCCGAAGCGCGACCUCCCCAGCGGGUCUGAGCGGGGCGCUGACGGGCUGUGGCGUCGCUCCGAGGGCUUGCAGACGACCGACGGUGUAGCGUAUCACUGGGACGAGACGUACCAUGCGGACGUGGACCUGGCCACUGUCAUCCGCGAAGGCCUGGCAAAGAUUAAACGUGAGGAGGCGCGCGUCGGCGGGCCGUGGAACACCACCCUGUUCGUGGGCCCGGAGCUCAGGAAGAGGCAGCUCGAGGGACCAACGUCCUCCAUGCAGUGCUGGAACCAAUACCUCCAAGACAACGGUGCCGGGUACACUUGGACAGUGAUCGAGUCGGGGACGUUCCUGAGCGGCUCCGUGCCGACCACUUGCGUUGGAAACGAGUACCUGAACACCGGGGGAAGGAGCGAUCCUUUGAAGCUCCAAAAGGAGGAGGAACUGUGCGAGUCCUUCUCUAUCCCCUUCUCCGUGAAGCAACUCCAGCAUUUGGUACGCCAGUUUGCGCACAGCCGCGGCCUCGAGUGGAAGGCGUGUUACAAGCAGUCCGACCUCCCGGACUCGGCCAGGUGCGCUGACAAGUGGAGGGCCUCGAAGGGUGAGUAG